AUGGGCUGGGGUCAUCUUCAGUCUGGGGUCAUCUUCGGUCUGGGGUCAUCUUCAGUCUGGGGUCAUCUUCGGUCUGGGGUCAUCUUCGGUCUGGGGUCAUCUUCGGUCUGGGGUCAUCUUCGGUCUGGGGUCAUCUUCAGUCUGGGGUCAUCUUCGGUCUGGGGUCAUCUUCGGUCUGGGGUCAUCUUCGGUCUGGGGUCAUCUUCGGUCUGGGGUCAUCUUCAGUCUGGGGUCAUCUUCAGUCUGGGGUCAUCUUCAGUCUGGGGUCAUCUUCAGUCUGGGGUCAUCUUCGGUCUGGGGUCAUCUUGA